AUGGAGAAUCUUCAAGCAGACAUAACAAUGGAAAUACUUUCUCGAUUACCUGUUAAUUCAGUCUUAGAGUGCGUAAAAGUAUGUAUAACAUGGCGAAAUCUCAUACGUAGUAGUUACUUUGCAAAUACUCACUCUCGUCGUCAGAUACAAUAUCGUCAACAACUUGAUGCACGUGACGACGAUAGAAGGUAUGUUGAUGAUUAUAUUAAUCUUGGUUACAUUUUCUUGAUUAAGAAACAACAUCAGAUGUCGUUAUUUGGAUACCCUGAGAAACUCCAACUUCAGUACAAUGAGAAUAUCGAUAAUAUUAGAAUUGUUGAUUAUCAGUCUAACGAGGAACUUAUAGCAGAUAAUAAGGAAUGGUGGAUACCAAAUAAUAUGCUAAGUAGUUACCGUUAUUCUUUGGUUGGUUCAUGCAACGGCUUAGUCUGUUUUUCUCGAGAAUGCUAUAAUGAACCUGGUGGAUAUGUUGACGUAGAGGAUACAGUCUAUUACGAUCCGGUUUUCAUAUGCAAUCCUAUCACAAGAGAACGCAUUAAUCUUCCAAGCUAUAAUGCUGAAAAGCGUAGUCGAAUUGUAAGCGGGUUCGGUUACCACGCUUCUAAGGAUGAGUACAAGGUUGUCAGAAUUAUAUAUCAUCCGGAGGAACAACCAGAUAUUGGGUAUGUGCAGGUGUAUACUGUUGGCGAUGGCAAUGGUUGGAGGAACAAAGAAGAAAUUUCCUACUGUUUGUGGCCAUCGGCUUCAUCGGGUAUCCUUAUGAGUGGAACUCUGGUUUGGAUUGAUGAAAACUUCAAUAUUGUGGCCUUUGAUUUAUCUAACGAAGUAUUCUGUUUGCUGCCUCAACCACCUUGUUAUAUGCAGAUUGGUCGUCGUAGAGAGUACUACCCUAAACUCAGCGAGUUCAAAAAUUCUGUGUGUGUUGUUUCUCGGAAUGUGUUGAACAACAAUGAACUAGGCAAUAAUGUCGAAAUAUGGUUAUUAAAGGGAAAUGUCAGUGACAUGACAAAUCAGAAUCAGAAUAAGCCGUAUUGGACAAAUAUUUUCUCUACACCACGGGAAGGCCUAUUCUUGAGUGGGGAUCAUGAUGAAGUUUCCCUUCUCGCGCUUACAAAUGGUGGUGAAAUUCUAUUCUGGAACAACGUGAAAAGAACUAUCUUCCGCUUUGACCCGAAUACCGCAACUACUAUGAUUGUAGGGGAUUUCAAAGGCUUGGAAAAUACACGUGCAAUUACCCACAUGAACACUUUCGUUACAUUGAUGGAUCUAGGAAGAAGUUAUAGAUUUCAAAGAGAAGCUGAUAUAGAUGAGGUAAAUUACCUACCAGAAGAAAAAUCAGAUAGAGUUUUGGGUAAACGAAAAUGGGAAUCCGAGGAUUAUUCACGUUGA